UGACAAAAUGGAACCCACCAGCAGUGUGAGGAGACCUGAAAGUGGCACAUGGCAGAGUGUGGCGAUGGAGACAGCAGCAAUGGGAGGCCGUACAGGGACCCAUGACAGAUUACGGGCCUGGCAGCCGCAUGAGGAGUCGGUACGGGGGCCCAUGGCAGAUUACCGGCCUGGCAGCAGCAAUGGGAGGCCCGUAAUCUGCCAGCACCCUAUGACAAAAUGGAACCCACCAGUAGUGUGAGGAGACCUGAAAGUGGCACAUGGCAGAGUGUGGCGAUGGAGACAGCAGCAAUGGGAAGGCCGUACAGGGACCCCAUGACACACUCCUGGACCUGGCAGCAGCAUGA